CGUGCUACCCUGGUAGAGGACGAGUUAAAACAAGACAUGAAAUCAGCGGCUGGUUAACCUGACAGUUACUUUGCCCUUAAAGGUGAAAUCAAUGGCCGACAAACUUAAAUUGAUAUAUCCGACCAUACAGGAAUGCCACAGAAAACUGGUAACAGAUUUCCUAGAGAAGAAUGGUUUCAUGAAAACGGUCUGGUAUCUUGUAGAGAACAUAUGGGAUCAUAAAACACUCACAGAAUGUGAUAGAGUAAUAAAAUCUGAGGAUGCAACCAGCCCCUUGUAUGACCUUCUUUUCAAAGAAUACAACGUAGAAGAACAUUUCAGACAAGUGGAUUCUCACAGAGAGUGGAUCAUUAAAGCAUACAAACGUUUAAAAGACUAUGUUCCCCACAUGACAUUGGAUGACGCAGAAGGGCAUGACCUCAGCAAAUACGACCUUGUCCAGGCCAUAGGUUACACAGCCAAGUGGGUCCACAACGUUGACUGGGACAACGAGACAUGGCAGUCCUCUUUGAACGACCAUUACAGGCGCGAACGUCACCAUCCUCAGUUCUAUCCAAAAGGUCAAAGGAUGCCCCGGAAGGACUUAGAAGAGAGCCUUGUCGACAUGGUUGCUAGCCAGUGGGAACGAAAACUCAAUGGAAACGAAAACGUUUCAAAUGCUGACCUCGUUGAUUUUGAUCCGAAAUAUUUACAACGAUAUUGUAGCGAAGACUUCGUGGAUGUGCAGGUUUUAACGGAGAAAAUCAAGCAAAAUGACUUAGCAACAUACAGAUGGAAUCUUAUUGAAGCAGUCACACCAGAAUCGAAGAGAAAUGAUGUUCAGCUGUUCUACAAAGAAAAUGGAUUUCUUCAAACGAUUUUGCAUUUGUACGAGGCUGUCUGGGACUCGGAUACCAUAACCCUAGCCGAGAAAGGGAUCAGGGAUCGGGACCCUACUAACCCCUUAUACCAAUUACUUAUGAUAGAAUAUGACAUUCAGGAACACUACCGCCAGUGUGAUUCCCACAGGUUCUGGAUUGUGAAAGCUUACGAACGUCUCAAAGCUGAGAAUUUCCUAACCGAGAUGACGGAAAAUGACGCAAAAGUUCACGACCUGAGUAAAUAUGACAUUUCUCAAGCGAUAGGUUACACGGCCAAGUGGGUUCAUAAGGUCAAUUGGAACAACAAUACGUGGCAGCGUUCUCUAAAUGACCAUUACAGACGAGAAAGUCAUCAUCCGCAGUAUCAUCCUGAAGGGGAGAGAAUGCCACGGAAAGAUUUGGAAGAAAGUCUCGUUGAUAUGAUUGCUUGUAGGUGGGAACGAGAUUUAAAAGGAAACGAGGAAGUAACUUGGCACGAUUUGGUAGAUUUUCAUCCAAACUUUUUAAAGCGUUAUUGUGAAGAAGACCUAACGGAAGUGACGUCACUUAUCAAACGUAUCAAGGAACAUUGCAGUGAAGGUGAAUAAGAAACUGCUGCACGAGAAAGUAGAGAAUGUAUAAGGAUAAAGUCCUAACUGGUGACUUAUUUUAGCUUUCUGUGUCCACUAGAUGGAUUACCGCAGGGAAACGUGAAGACUGAUUUUAAAUAGCACUUUCAGGAAUCAAAAUCAGAUUCACAUUUGUAGUCAAAUAUUUUGAUUUUAUCUUUUAACAAUCGGUUUAUCAUAUUUUAUUGGCAUUAAUCAACUGGAUUGG